AUGUACACUGCUGCAGUGAUUGUCCUUGGUGUCGGCGUGACAUAUGCUGCAGUACCCCUAUACCGUAUGUUUUGCGCGGCCACUGGGUUCGCAGGAACCCCGCAAGUCGGUAUGGGGAAAUUUGAGCCUGAACGGCUCGUACCUGUGGAGAAUGCGAAGCGCAUCAAGGUGCACUUCAAUGCGGACACGUCCGAUGCCUUGCCAUGGACGUUCACUCCGCAGCAAAAGUUCGUCAGUGUUCUACCUGGCGAGACAAGUCUCGCGUUCUACAAGGCGAAGAACAACUCGAAGCAGGACAUUAUAGGUAUUGCUACGUAUAACGUCACUCCUGAUAGGAUCGCUCCUUACUUCGGGAAGGUGGAGUGCUUCUGCUUCGAAGAGCAGAAGCUCCUUGCAGGAGAAGAAGUAGACAUGCCGCUUCUCUUCUUCAUCGACAAGGAUGUCCUCGACGACCCGUCGUGCAGGAAUUUGGACGAUGUCGUCCUAUCCUACACAUUCUUCAGAGCGCGGAGGAAUGCACAGGGACACUUGGAGCCAGAUGCCCCUGAUGACAUCGUGCAAGCCUCACAAGGCUUUGCCGAAUACGAGAUGGCACCCAAAGUUGAGGAUAGGAAGUCCGAGUGA